AUGUCGGCACUGAUAUCGACAUUAAUUGAGCGUUUGAGGCCUGAAACACAUGUGUUUCAUUUUCCUUGUGGUGAAGUGGCAAUAACAUUGGAAGAUGUCGUGUAUCAACUUGGCGAUCCGAUUAAUGGUAUUCCAUUGGUGCUUCGCAACACUUAUUCACUAAAUGUUGUUAUUUUAAAUUUAUUAGGAAAUGAGGCUCCAGUCGAUGUCAUUGAUGGGUUGCGAAUACUGAUGACGUGGUUGGAAAUAGAAUUUAGAGUAAAUGAACAAUCAACGGAGCAAGAGGUGAUAUUUGCAGCUCGAACAUAUCUUAUGACGUUGAUUGGAGGGAUCUUGCUACCGGAUAAAUCGGGCAAUUUGGUGCAUACCCAAUAUCUUCCGAUAAUGGAGGAUUUAGUUGUAUGUCGCCAAUAUAGUUGGGGUUCUACAAUUUUGGCUUUUUUGUAUCGUGAACUCUGUAAGUAG